CGAUUUUGAGGUAUAUGUUAGGUGUGCCCGAGGUGAAAUCACGUCGUAUUGCGUGUCAUUGUCAUAAUGGGAUUUUUUUCUGUUAUAAUUGUAUUUAAUUGAAACAAGUAAAUCACAUGAGAUCAGUGUAAACAAUUUAUAGUGAAGUGCAACUAGUGGAAAGGAUUUUUAUAUCUAACUAAUUUUGCGACAGAACUAAACAAUAUGAUUUGGUUGGCAAUAACGCUAUUUAUUGCCACAAGAUGCGUGGAUGCUCAAAUAACAGCACAGUCCAGCGUAGCGCCAGAGCUACGGGAGUGCUAUACAAAUCCACAAUUCCUUGACAGGAAUAACUUACCCCCCACAACCUUGCCUGUUUUAAUAGACAUCAUACAGCAAAUAGAAGAUAAUCCUAAUAUAAACAUGGACUUACGACAAUUAGCUGUACAGCUUUUGCAUGCGUUCAGACAAGACGGUAUUGAAUUUCAUCAAUCCGAUUCAAGUUCAGUUUUAUCUUCUAAUGUGCUUCCAUAUGCACCAACUUUCCACUCCUUCCAUAGACAUAGGCUAUUAUUAACAAAAAUAAUACCUGGAAAUUCACAAGCUUUACCAAAUAACACAAUCAGUUCUGCACUCAAGUGUGCUCUUCAUCACAUGCUUUCAACAACUGUUGAUGCUCGAGUUAGAGGUAAUGAGAAUAGUUGCAAUCAACUAUCUCAAUAUCGCGCACUAAGAACUGCAAGACAUGCACCACCUCAGGUCAAUGCGGAUGAUGUAGAAAUAUUAGAUCUGGACGCACUGAAAUCAGCAAACACAAUGGGAAAGAUGCAGCAUUAUAAUCCAAAAAGUGACGUUGAGUUCACGAGUAUGGGUGGCUCCAAAUCAGAACGUCAAUUAUUAGGAGAUAGCCAAUGUCCACUGCUAACAGGCGCAGUAUUUACAAGAUGGGGAGCUGUAUCUGCCGGUCAUGUUAUUGCUGGGAUAGCAGGAGGCGCACAGUUCCAACGUGUGCCUAUACAAGAAUUAACCAGAGGGUCGCUGAAUGAUUACUCUAACGUUCAGCAAACGGUUUCUUCGAUAUUUACAGCUACGUUAUCAGGUGAUAUAGCGGAAGUUGUACUCAUACAAGGAACCGAACGAGGAAAUUCUAUAAGCGUCGGUGUUGCUGGUAACUGGAAUUCUACCCAAGCUCCCAGAUAUUAUAUGUUACACAAUCGACUGAAUGUUGAAAUGACUGAUCCAGAGAUUCGUGGUGACAUUGACGGCUUUGUACUCGGAACUUUAAUAAACUCGAACGUAGAUACUUCCGGGACAUUGAAAUUAUCUCAGCUACUUGAUAUGUAUUAUAGUCCUAGGAAUGGUGUCUAUAAUUCUGCUAGAAGAGCUUGUAAUCGUAGAGCUCUGAGCCAAGAAUUUAUAGUCCGGGAUACAUUAAUUGGUGAAUCUCAAGCAUUUGUUGCAGCUUUGGAUACAAGCAUGCCCCUUCGUGGAACAAUCGUUAGUGGGCUUGAUCAAUUAGUCACCAGUGCAGUACAGAACUUCCAAACAUACACAACCAACAACUUAAACGAUCUAAGCUGUAUAAACACUGAAACAACUACAAAUGACUACAGAUUAAAAACAAACUUAUACAUUGUUUUGGACUCUGCUUGGCCAUAUCAGGCUGUGUAUCCUGCUAUUUCUUUCCUUCUGGACGGCAUUGAAGUCGGGAAAUUUGGUUCAAGUGUGACACUACUUAGUGCUUUCGACGGAAGCGUCAUUGUUAACAAAACGUUUUCAUUGGCUGAAUUUCACAGCAGUUACACUUUGGCAAGGCACCAAACAUUGCUUAAUGGAGUAAAUCUUGAAAAUACGCUCUCAAACAUAAGAAUUUCUAUGCAAACUGAACUGGAGAACGAGAAAACUGCGAAUUAUGUUGGUGGUAAUUCCAGUGUCUUGUUGUUCCUGUUAAAUACAGGAAAUUUAAAUAUUAAUGAACAAAUCAUUAAUAAUGCUCGUCAGUUAAAUGAGACAGUUCCAGAUCUUAGGGUAUUGUUUGCUACGUCCACGAAUCAAUUUGAUAUUUUAUGGACUUUGGUUCGUGAUAUGCAUAAUGACAUCAGAACGAUAUCCCUGAACAAUGAAGGGACAAAUGUGGAGAUUGCUAUGAAUCCAAUCCUUACGAGAAUUGAAACAGUCGGAAGAAGAAUCAUUAAUCCAAACUGCGGCUCUACAUUUUCGCAAGAAUGGAGAUCAGGAACACGACAAUUUGCCGAUAAUGUGGAACCGGGAUAUAUAAAUUUCUACGCCAUUAGUCCCAAUUAUUUCUUUGGUAACAACGAAAACAGUAAAGUACGGAUUACACGAACGGGUUCCUCUGUUGGUAGCCUUGUUGUUUGUCAAUCACGAACUGUUCCACAACCAAGGCAAAAUGUAACCAUGGUCGGGGAUGAUGUGAAUGCCGUUAUUUGCCAAACCCUCGCGUCCGGUAAUGUGGAGAUAAGCCUUCGGGGUGCCUGCGAUGGCCACUGGACGGUUGGUGCCUGUCCCCCGUUCUAUAUAUCCGUACAAUCACAAGUUACCGAUACUACAAGUCUUAGCGCUACAUGUACAGAACCCACAUGCAGAUUCCCGUACAAUGUCAGGUAUCAAGUUCAAAUCGAAGACUUAGGAUGUUUCAGUAGCGCCGGAACUGCUGGCCUAAGUUUAAUUCUAGGAGUUUCUAUUAUUCUGUUUAAUUUAGUAAAAUUAUUUUAAUUGUAAGCCUUGCAUUCUAAAUAUUUAUAAGGUAUGUGACAUUUUGACAAACAUUAGUUCUACGAACCUACGUAGGUAUUGAUACUGCAUUUAAACUUAUAAUAAUAAACUUAUAAAAACUACUACAUAAGCGUAUUCAUGCAUUUUUCAUGUCUCUGUUUUCAAAUCACGCAUUAAAAGUUUGUUUUAAUAUGUGGUGGGUUUGGCUGUUCUUUUCUAUUAAAAGUUCCACCGAAUUUAAUAAAUAAAACUUUUUGGUCUGUGUAGCGCAAGUCGCGUGACGCACGAUACGUACGAUAAUUAUCGUACAAAUACGAUAAUUUUUAGUUAAAUGUCUACUAAGUAGUGUGAAAAAAAGUUUCACUUUUACCGUGGUUUCAUAAAACCACACAUCACUUUGAUUUACCUACUUAUUUUUAUUGUUUUCAGUUUAACUUGGUUGACUUUCAUGAUCCCACCUUUUACAUUUUGGUUUGUUUAAUAUUUAAGUCUUGUUAUUGUAAAUAUUUUUAUGAUACCUACUUAUAAUUAUUUUUAUUUAUGUAUAUUUAAUUAGUAAUUUUUUUUGUAUGUUACUUUUAGUUAAUGUUAUAAUAAAGUCGUAAUAAAUCACAUUAGUGUACCA